GAACCAUACACAGACGCAUAUAGGGUGUGUAUAACAAGUUGAGUUCAGAAACCCUCUGGUUUAUCUCACAAAGAAUCGCCCAAAAAAUGGAUGAAGAUUUGCUGGAACAGAACAAGCUUCCUGAGCUCAAACUGGAUGCUAAACAAGCACAUGGGUUUCUCUCUUUUUUCAGAACCCUACCCAAUGAUUCGAGGGCUGUUCGAUUUUUUGACCGUCGGGACUAUUAUACUGCACAUGGUGAGAAUGCAACUUUCAUUGCAAAGACAUAUUACCAUACGACCACGGCUUUGCGGCAAUUGGGUAGUGGAGCUGAUGCCAUUUCUAGUGUUAGUGUAAGUAAAACCAUGUUUGAGACUAUUGCCCGAGAUCUUCUCUUGGAGAGAACUGAUCAUACCCUUGAGCUAUACGAGGGCAGUGGAUCUAAUUGGAGACUUGUGAAAAGUGGAACGCCAGGAAAUCUUGGCAGUUUCGAGGACAUUUUGUUUGCCAACAAUGAGAUGCAGGAUUCCCCAGUAAUUGUUGCUCUGGUCCCAAACUUUCGGGAAAAUGGGUGCUUUGUUGGGUUGGCCUAUGUUAAUCUUACUAAGAGGGUGCUUGGAUUGGCUGAAUUUCUUGAUGAUAACCACUUUACAAAUGUGGAGUCUGCUUUGGUUGCUCUUGGUUGCAAGGAAUGCCUUUUGCCUAUGGAGAGUAUCAAAUCCAGUGAAUGUAGACCAUUGUACGAUGCAGCGUCAAGAUGUGGUGUGAUGUUAACAGAAAGGAAAAAAACUGAUUUUAAAGGUAGGGAUAUACAACAGGAUCUUGGUAGACUUGUCAAAGGUUCCAUAGAACCAGUUCGAGAUUUAGUAUCUGGGUUUGAGAUUGCACCUGGGGCAUUGGGGUCAUUAUUGUCUUAUGCAGAACUACUUGCUGACGAAAGCAAUUAUGGAAAUUAUACUAUCCGGGAGUACAAUCUUGACAGCUAUAUGAGGUUAGAUUCUGCUGCUAUGAGGGCACUGAAUGUCAUGGAGAGCAAAACUGAUGCCAACAAAAACUUUAGUUUGUUUGGACUCAUGAAUAGAACCUGUACUGCUGGGAUGGGUAAAAGACUGCUGCAUAUGUGGCUGAAACAGCCUCUAUUAGAUGUGAACGAAAUAAACUCCAGGCUGGAUUUGGUACAAGCUUUUGUGGAGGAUACUGCACUUCGGCAAGAUCUCAGGCAGCAUUUGAAAAGAAUUUCAGAUAUUGAGCGUUUGAUGCGCAACCUGGAGAAGAGGAGAGCUAGUUUGUUGCAUAUUGUGAAGCUUUAUCAGUCAAGUAUCAGGCUUCCAUACAUUAGAAGUGCAUUCAAACAGUACAAUGGGCAAUUUGCAUCACUGAUCAAGGAAAGGUAUAUGGAUCCCCUAGAGUUCUGGGCUGACGAUGAUCACUUGAAUAAAUUUAUUGGUCUUGUGGAAGCUUCUGUUGACCUUGAUCAACUGGAGAAUGGAGAAUACAUGAUUUCAUCUGGCUAUGACCCAAGAUUAUCUGAACUAAAGGACGAGCAAGAGUCUCUAGAACAUCAAAUACAAAAUUUGCAUAAACAAACUGCUUGUGAUCUUGAUCUGGCUAUUGAUAAGGCUUUAAAACUAGAUAAGGCCACACAAUUUGGACAUGUGUUUAGAAUUACAAAGAAGGAAGAGCCAAAAGUAAGGAAGAAGCUCAAUACCCAUUUUAUUGUUCUUGAAACCCGAAAAGAUGGGGUAAAAUUUACAAAUUCAAAGCUCAAGAAAUUAGGGGACCAGUACCAAAAGAUACUUGAGGAGUACAAGAACUGUCAGAAAGAGCUGGUUGUCCGAGUAGUUCAAACAGCUUUGACUUUCUCUGAGGUGUUUGAGGGUUUAGCUGUACUGCUGUCUGAAUUGGACGUCUUACUUAGUUUUGCUGAUCUGGCUGCUAGUUGCCCCACUCCCUACACAAGACCAGACAUCACUCCAUCUGAUAUGGGAGAUAUUGUAUUAGAAGGGAGUAGACAUCCUUGUGUGGAAGCUCAAGACUGGGUGAACUUUAUACCUAAUGAUUGUAAGCUAGUCAGGGGAAAGAGUUGGUUCCAACUCAUCACAGGGCCUAACAUGGGUGGAAAGUCCACAUUCAUACGACAGGUUGGCGUCAACAUCCUGAUGGCACAAGUUGGCUCCUUUGUUCCUUGUGACAAAGCUAGCAUUUCUGUGCGUGAUUGUAUAUUCGCUCGUGUGGGUGCAGGUGACUGUCAGCUACGUGGAGUUUCUACCUUUAUGCAAGAAAUGCUCGAGACUGCAUCAAUCUUGAAAGGAGCUACUGAUAAGUCAUUGAUAAUCAUUGACGAGUUGGGCCGUGGAACAUCAACUUAUGAUGGAUUUGGUUUAGCCUGGGCCAUUUGUGAGCAUCUUGUGGAAGUGAUUACAGCCCCUACAUUGUUUGCAACUCACUUUCAUGAACUUACUGCAUUAGCUCAUGAAAAUGGAAAUGAUGAAUCUCAUUCAAAGAAAGCUUUUGGUGUAGCAAAUUAUCAUGUCAGUGCUUACAUUGACUCAUCAAAUCGCAAGCUAACUAUGCUUUACAAGGUGGAGAGUGGUCACCUUUUGAAUCUUCAGGAGGAGCCAGAAAGGGGAUGUGAAGAAAUCAAUCAUUGUUGUGCUUGGACAUGCAACAAGCACCAUGACAUUAGGUGUUUAGACAGGUCUUCAGAUGGCCGCCUAAUUAGGAUACUUGCUUUAUGGGAGAUUAUAUAUUGCUUCCUUCUUGGACCACCAGUGCUGUUAUUGUUAGAGUAG